CUCGGCGCGUCGGUGCGCGGGGUCGAAGGUCAGCCUGAAAGAUGGCGGCGGCGGUGACUUUCCUCAGGGUGCUGGGCCGGGGAGGGGCGGCGGCGCGGAGCCUGCCCGGGGCCGCCAGGUGCUUCGGGGUGCAGACUUCGCCGGCCGGGGAGAAGGUCACGCACACCGGCCAGGUUUAUGGCGAUAAAGACUACAGGAAAGUUCGAUUUGUAGGUCGUCAGAAAGAGGUGAAUGAGAACUUUGCCAUCGACCUGAUAGCAGAGCAGCCUGUGAGCGAAGUUGGGAGUCGAGUGAUAUCGUGUGACGGCGCGGGGGGGGCCCUGGGCCACCCCAAAGUGUACAUAAACCUGGACAAAGAAACGAAGACGGGGACGUGUGGCUACUGUGGCCUGCAGUUCCGGCAGUCCUGCCACUAGGGCCGCGUGGGCAGCUCGGUGGCACGGACUCUGUCUCUAGUGCCGAAUAAAGGUGUUGUUCUCUAGGA